UCAAAGGUCCCUUAGGCCUGUAACCAAGUCAUUGCCAAGGACUCUAUUAAGGACACUGAGAUGGAAAUACCAGGAAAGCCAGAUAUGGAUCUUGGGCCAACCCUGGAGUGGCUGAGGGAGGAGCUGGCUGAGAUGAAGAUCCAGGACCGGCAGCUGCUGCUCACACUGAGGUAUCUGCACAGCCUCCUGGAGGAGCUCCAAGCAGAAAGCACCCACUGGGAGGACACGAGGUCCAGCAGAAGCACAUCGCCUUUCCGAGCUAGGCUUAGCUCAGAGGGCAGAGGCUGCCAGCCUUUUCAGAGGCAAUUGGGCCAACUGCUCCAAGGAGAAGAGAGCAGGCGAAGCUCCUUUCCUUAA